UCGGCUGCUGAACCACCACUGGCUCUUUCCACGCGAUGGCUAAGACCCGUGUUUAUUAUGUGCGGUGUUGGACGUGGAUUUACCACUAUUUUGUGGGGCUGUAUCGGCGCGUGCAGAAGUUCUGGAAUGUCACUGUCAAGCACUUUUUCGUGAAGGAGGAGGAAGAAGAUGUCCCUUCAGCUGAGAGUAUUUUUCACAAAGAAAAAAUCGUGGUGCUUGGCCAUUUAUUGAAGGAUGAAUCUUUAGCUGUUGAGAAGAGGGCUCAAGCUGCGUACCAAAUUGGACUGCUGGCCUUCACAGGAGGACCAACUGCUGGGAAAUUUGCAGAUGAGUACAUGAAAGAAGUAGCUCACUUGUUGAAAGAUCAUGACAUGGCACCAAAGGUAAAGAUCUUGUUGCUCCAGAGUAUAGCGUGUUGGUGUUACUUAAACCCCGUCAGCCAGAAGAGGGCCAAACAUCUGAAGUUUAUUCCUAUCCUCGUCGAGGUUUUUGAGGACAAACUCAACUCUACGACCAAAAGUGAAAUAAACAACAGCCUCCUUGUUAAAUUCUGGACUUGCUAUGUUCUCUCUGUCAUGACGUGCAAUAACUUGUCUUGCAUAAAGGAGCUUAAAAACCACAGAAUUCUGAAAUAUCACUUGCAAAUAUUGGCGACUGAGAAUUGGUCUGGAUGGCCUGAGAAUUUUGCAGAGGUGCUGUAUGUCCUAAUUGGUUUUCACAGGAAUUAAUUUCUCCGAAUGCAGCCACUUGACACAGCUGUCUAUACCUCUGCAUUAGCCUGGAAAACCGGAAUAAAUAAU